AUGGAUCAACCCAGUGCCCGUGCUCAGGCCUCGCCAACUCUCGUGGUGUCCGCGCAGAAUGUCGGAAAGCGUCGUAAGGCAUCCGAGCCAUUCGAUCGGGAUGAGGCGGAUGUCGUCUUGCGGUCUGGCGACAACGUAGACUUUCACGUCUAUCGGGUCAUACUCUCUUUGGCCUCACCCGUAUUCGAGACGAUGUUCUCUUUGCCUCAGCCACAAGAAUCCCGCGAUUCCGAGAAGCCCAUCAUCAAUGUGUCCGAGGGUAGCAAGACGCUAGACCCGUUCCUGAGGGUACUUUAUCCCAUCUCGGACCCUCAUAUCCUGUCCUUCUCCCUCAUCCGCCAAGUGCUCACUGCAGCGGUCAAGUAUGAGGCAUCUGCGGUUCUCUCCGCCAUGAGGAAGGCACUAAUCUAUCGGCGUCUCCUAGAAGACGACCCGCUGCGGUGCUUUGCCAUCGCUUGCUGCUUCGGGUUGGAGGACGAAGCGCAGAUCGCGGCGGAAAAGGCCGUCAUCGAGGAUCGCGCGCUAGAAGAAGACUGUAUCGAACUCGACGAGAUAUCGGCCGCGGCCUACUACUACCUUCGUGCGCUCAAUCGUUCUAGGCGAGUCAUCAAAUCGACCAAGCGACCCGGUGUAAACACUACUGUCACUGUGAACUUCACCAGAGUAGGCCCCUUUUGUCCAGAGACUUCCGAGCUGGACACUGCUCGGAAGCGCUCGCGUCCAACCGUCAAGCCCGCCCAUCCCUUCGACUCACCUGACGCCGACCUUGUCCUCCGAAGCUGCGACUCCGCGGAUUUUCGCGUGUCCAGCAGGAUCAUCGCGCUAGCCUCUCCAGAGAUACUCGCACUGGCACGCAUGUCGACUAUCGAACCGAUUCACACAAGCGCCACCGCACAAGACGACCAAGAAGAGCCUUCCUCCCAGCUCCCAAUACACGGUCUACCUGAACACAGCACAGUCCUUGACGCGCUGUUGCGGAUGUGUUACCCAACGGACCACCAGCCGAUCAACCCGGAGAUCCUCUUCGACCUUCUCGCAGCUGUGAAGAAGUAUAAGCUCGUGAAAGCAGAGCAGAUCAUCCGUGACUCGUGGUCGACCCUCAUGAAGGAAGGACAGUUGCGUUGCUACCUCGCUGCUGUGUGCUGUGGCCCAAGUUGGGAGACGGAAGCUCGAGCGAGCGCUCGGGAGCUUGUCCGAGAACGCGACAUCUGCCGGAUUCAAAGCCAGUAUCUCCCAGAGCUGGCGAAAUCGCCGAAUGGUCCUUACCGGCGGCUCUUGGCUUACCUACAGAAGUGCUCGUUGGCGGCGGCGGCCGACCAUCAGCUUGAACUCCCUCCUCCUAGGAAGCAGCUUUGCGACAAGUGUGGAGCUCAGUAUCCUGCCAGCCUCUUGACGUCGGACUCCACCUUGUCCAUCCAUCCCUUCUCGUACAGCUCCUUCCAAUACAUCCUGAAGGGGAAGCCCCGAGGUUCCGCGAUAGCCACAACAACCGAGGUCGCACGAUCUUUCAUGUCUGCUGCGGUCGACAACUUCCGCGCUCCCUGCUCGGCUCGUAAGGACGCAUUCGUCAAACCGUGCUCCCCAUCCUAUGUCUUGGAAUGGUCCUUGGCUGUGCUAGAGGCCUACGCUAGUGCGGUAGACCGUUCAGUGGACAAGACGCACCCAGAGAUCGACGCCAUUAUGCAACCGUCCGAGUCCGCUGGCUCCAAGACCAAGGAACAGGUCAAACCGAAGGUCCGCAAAGCAUCUGAGCCAUUCGACAGAGAUGAUGCCGACCUAAUCGUUCGUUCGAGCGACCACGUCGACUUCUACGUGCAUCGUCUCAUUCUUUCCUUGGCUUCCCCGGUCUUCGCGAGUAUGCUCUCGCUCCCCCAGCCGCCCGGUACCGAUCUCGUGCGCCCGGUGGUCGACGUGGCCGAGAAGAGCGAGAUACUGGAUGUCUUCUUCCGGGUGCUCUAUCCAACCGCGGAUCCGGAGCUACAGUCCCUCUCAACCAUCCGCGAGGUGCUCGAAUCUGCCAUGAAGUACGACGCUCCCGCCGUUGUCGCCGGCAUGCGGAGAGCUCUUUCGCAAUCGCGCCUCGUCGAGGACAACCCUCUGCGCGUCUUCGCAAUCGCCUGCUACUUCGGGAUGGAGGCGGAGACCAAGGUGGCCGCCGAGAAGGCCGUCCUCAACAACCGCGUGACGGGACGCUUCUGCGCUGAGUUGAACGAGAUCCCGGCCGGGUCCUACUACCGCCUUCUGCAGCUCAACCGCACCCGGAAGACGACCAAGUCCAAAUCAUCCGGUACCCCGCGCGUCACCGUGGACUUCACUGGCAUCGAAUCCUUCUGCGAACCCCCUAAACACGCAGCAAAAACUGCGGCCCGCAGGAAGCCUCUCGUGUCUGUAGAACCUCCCUUCAACGCCCCCGAGGUGGAUCUCAUCCUCAGGAGUUGUGACUCGGUCGAGUUUCGCGUUUCCCGCGCAAUCCUUGCCCUGGCCUCGCCCACUAUGCUUCAGCGGGUUGUUCGCGAGCCCGAAGACGAAGAGGAUCUCCCGAGUGAAGGAUGCCUUCCCGUAUAUCGUAUGGUGGAAGACAGUGCUCUGGUGGAUGCGCUCCUGCGCAUCUGCUAUCCUGUUCCCCAGCCUGCGCUCACCGACCUCGAUCUGCUUCUUGACGUCCUCGCUGCCGGGCGCAAGUAUGGGAUCAAGAAAGUGGAGCAGGCCGCGCGAGACGCCAUGUCCGCGAACGUAGCAUCGGACCCCCUUCGUCUCUACCUCGCUGCGGCGCAAUGCGGCUGGGCGGUCGAGGCGCGCAUGUGCGCGGACGAACUGCUUCGAAGCAACGAUGUCUCGGCGAUCGCCUGCAAGUAUCACGCGGAUAUGGAGACGACGUCCAACCGAUGGUACCGGUAUCUUCUGUUCUACCUGGACGAGUGCUGUAGAGUCGCGGCAGCGAACCAUGACCUGACAAUCUCCAUGCCCACAUCCUACAGCAGUACUUGCCCUUGGGCAUUCUUAGCAACAGGAUGCUCCCAGCGCUAUCCCAACGUGUUGGGCACGGUCACCACACCUCCGCAGCUGGCGUGGCUUGCACCCUCGUUUAAAGCUCUCACGGCUGCGCUGAAAGAAAGUCCCCGGGGAUCUACUCUUGCGACAAACAACGAGGUGGCAAAUGACUUCAUCCGUGCUGUCGCUGCCGAUCCACCACCGUGUCUCCAAUGUACAGCCGCGGUGAAGAAAUGCACUGCAGCGGACAAUGUCUCGUGGGCAUGCGCGGUACUCCAACGUUACGCUGAGGCAGUUGACGAAGCCGUUCGUCAAGUUCCAUUCGAAUUGCCGGAGUCGCAGUGA